GGUGUGAGCCAUCCCAUUGCCAGUAUCCGGCAGAACCAUGCCCAUUUGGUUAUGAAAUUGUUCCCACAAUAAAUGAGGAAGACUGUUGUGUCACAUUUACCUGCAGACCCAUGAAUGUUUGCAUAGAGAAUGGAACUCUGUACCAGAUUGAUCAAAUCAUUUGGGCAGAGAGGUCGUUAUGCAAGACGUGUAGAUGCUCUGAAAUAAUUGACUCCGACACUGGAUUUAAUACUGUUAUCUGUGACCCUAUUUUGUGCAUGAUUCGUUGUCCACUGGGUUAUGACUAUCAGAAACCUGACGAUGAUUGCUGUGGAAAGUGCGUUCAGGUUUCAUGUGUAUUGCCAGCUGCUAAUGGAUCAUUCCAUGUACUCCAGCCUGGAGAAUCACAGUUCUUGCCAGAGGACAACUGCACCGAGUACUCUUGUGUUCUUAUUGGAGAAAGCUUGGUGACAUCAUCUUGGUCUUGGACACAAAUUUGUUCCAACGGUCACAAUGGGGAAUGUGAUUCUGGACAGAUUGGAAAGGUACCUGAUAGUUGCUCUAAUAUAUGUAAAGAUUCAGAAACAUGCAGGGUGCUGACAAAUGUGACUCAAAUUUCUAAGAACGGAUGUUUUGCUAAUGUCAGUCUGUCAUACUGUGAAGGCUCGUGUUCCAGUAUAACAGUGUUCUCUGAAAAAUCAUUCAAAAUGGAGAGAAUACGUACUUGCUGUAAUGAGACGGAUACUACUGAGAUAGAGGUUGAGCUGUUCUGUCCGGAUGACAACAGUACCAUUAAAGUCUUCAUCACUUCUGCCAACAACUGUACUUGUACUAUUGAUAACUGUAUCCCUUGAGUUUUGCAUGAACCAUCCUUAAUUACAUUAAAAUAAAUGUAAAACAAAUUUUCACAUCAUCUAUUUCAU